AUGUCUCUUUUCGCAAAGCGAGCCGUUGCCGGCAGCAGCCGUGCUAUUGCCUCGGUCAACAAGGGUGUCGCCAUUUCAGCCGCACGAGGCGGCGCCGCUCGCGCCUACUCUACUCCCGUCGAGAGCUCCGGCGUCUCGUUUGGUCUCAGCGAGGAUCAAGAGGCCUACCGUGACCUCGCACGUAAGUUUGCCCGCGAGGAGAUCAUCCCCAACGCACGCCACCACGACCAGACCAUGGAGUACCCCACCGAGAUCCUCAAGAAGGGUUGGGAGGUGGGUCUACUCAACACGCACAUCCCUGAAGAGUACGGUGGCCCCGGCUUGGGUCUCAUGGAGUGUGCGCUCAUUUCCGAGGAGCUCGCUUUCGGCUGUUCGGGCAUUCAGACAGCGAUGGAGGCCAACGGUCUGGCCGAGGCGCCUCUGCUGGUGUCGGCAUCGCACGAGAUCAAGCAAAAGUACCUCGGCCGUAUGACCGAGGAGCCGCUCAUGGCUGCCUACUGCGUUACGGAGCCUGGUGCCGGAUCGGACGUCGCCAGCAUCGCCACCAAGGCCGAGAAGCAGGGCGACAAGUGGGUGAUCAAUGGCAGCAAGAUGUGGAUCACCAACGGCGGCAAGGCCAACUGGUACUUUGUGCUCGCCAAGACCGACCCCAGCGCCAAAGCAGCCAAGUCCAUGACUGGCUUCGUCGUUGACGCCGACACGCCCGGCAUUCACGUCGGCAAAAAGGAGAUCAACAUGGGCCAACGCUGUUCGGACACACGCCAGAUUACGUUUGAAAACGUCGUCGUGCCCGAGGAGAACAUCCUCGGCAAGCCGGGCGACGGCUUCAAGACAGCCAUGGGAGCGUUUGACAUUACGCGUCCGCUCGUCGCCGCAGGAGCAGUGGGUCUGGCCCAACGCGCCCUGCAAGAAGCCGCGAUCUACGCCCAGGACCGCAAAACCAUGGGCAAGGCCAUCAUCGACCACCAGGCCAUCGCCUUCCUCCUUGCCGACAUGCAGAUGAACGUCGAAGCCGCGCGAAACCUCGUCUGGAAGAGCGCGUGGGCCAAGGACCAGGGUCAGCGCAACUCGUUCUGGGCCUCCAUGGCCAAGUGCCGCGCGGCCGAGGCGGCCAACUUCAACGCCGACGCCGCCGUCCAGAUCUUUGGCGGCCUCGGAUUCAACACGGAGUCUCCCGUCGAAAAGCUCUACCGCGACGCCAGGAUCUUCAGGCUCUACGAGGGCACGGAUCAGAUCCAGCGCCUCAUCAUCUCGAGACACAUCAAGGAGCUGUUCGCCCAGUAG